GCAUCCUCCACCACCACUAGUGCAGCCAAGUGCGUGCGUGUGUGUGUGUGCGGACACCGUUGCUGCCGCCGCCGCCGCCGCCGCGCGCAGGGUGGUGACAAGAUGACGGCGACGCCAGCGGUGAUCGGGCUGAGCGCGGGGAACAGGCUGCUGAGCGCGUCGUUCGGGCCGACCGACCUGAUGCCGGACAAGGUCAGCCUCGGCGUCGGCGGAGGCGGGGGAGGAGGAGGAGGUGGUGGAGGUGGGGACGCGAUGUCGUUCGCGCCGCCGGCGCCCGCGACGCCGAAGCUCACCGCGGUCGCCGCGCACAGGCUCAAGCUCUCCCCGCAUGGCCGCGCGCAGGUCAUGCGCGCGCUCAGGCACCACUCCUCCGCGGCGGCCGCGCUCGCGCCCCCGCCCCCGCCCCCGCCCCCGCCGACGCCGUCGCCCGCCUCGCGCGCCGCCCACGCCCAUGACCUCGAGUCCUCCCUCGAGGCCAUCGUGCUGCUGCAGAGGUCCAUGCUCGAGAAGCAGUGGGAGCUCCCCUUCGACGACGACAACCACGCCAUGGCCAUCGGCUUGGCCGAGGAUGACGACGACACCAGCAAGGCCACCGUCGUCGUGGCGCGGUCCAGUGUCUCGGCGCGGCAGAGGAGGAUGAGCGGGCGGCGGCGGGGGAGGACCAAGAACGGCGCGGCGCACUUCGCCGUCAGCCCCGAGCUGAUCCAGAGCAGGAACAGGAUCUACCUCAGGGGCACCGUCAGCAAGGAGCUCCUCACGCACAAGCAGGUCGUCCACCUCUCCCACAAGAUCAAGGAUGGCAUCUGGCUGCAGCAGCAAAGAUCAAAGCUGAAAGAGAAGCUGGGAAAUGAGCCCUCAUACAAACAGCUGGCGCAUUCGCUGAAGAUAUCACCGCCCGAGCUACGAUCAAGGAUGCACGAGUCGUUUCUUGCAAGGGAGAUGCUAACAAUGAGCAACCUCCGUUUGGUCAUUUCCAUUGCCCAGAAGUAUGAUAACCUUGGUGUUGAGUUGGCUGACCUCAUUCAGGGUGGUCUGAUAGGGUUACUCCGUGGGAUCGAAAAAUUUGAUGCAUCCAGGGGCUUUAGAAUUUCCACUUAUGUAUACUGGUGGAUACGCCAGGGUGUUUCAAGAGCAUUAGCUGAAAACUCAAAAACAUUCAGGCUUCCAACUUAUCUGCACGAGCGGCUGAUUGCGAUUCGUGGUGCAAAGUAUGAGUUGGAAGAUCAAGGAAUUGCUCCAACAAUAGAAAACAUAGCAGGGUCACUCAACAUAUCAGAAAAGAAAGUACUCAAUGCUACAGAGGCUGUGAACAAGGUUCUUUCGUUGGAUCAACAAGCAUUUCCAUCCUUAAACGGCUUACCUGGAGAGACACUGCACAGUUACAUAGAGGAUCAAAAUGUCGCAAAUGAUCCAUGGCAUGGAUUUGAGGAGUGGUAUCUCAAGGAAGAAGUCAACAAGCUUUUAAACUCAACUCUCAACGAGCGUGAGAGGGACAUUAUCCGGUUAUAUCAUGGCAUAGGAAAACAAUGCCAUACAUGGGAGGAUAUUAGCAGACAAUUCGGGUUGUCGAGGGAGAGGGUGAGGCAAGUAGGACUCAUCGCAAUGGAGAAGCUGAAGCAUGCUGCGAGGAGGAAAAAUUUGGAGGCAUUGCUUGAGGAUUAUUGAGUUGAGGGGCUUUUUGUUUGAGUCAGAUCCACAAACACAGCGGUUGUAUAUACUCAGAAAACAUAGGGUACAUCCUUCAAAAGGCGUACUGCCACUCACAUGAAAGUAAUUAUACGUGUACAUUUUGUGACAUUAGGGAGAUGCAUGAUCAAAAUCUCUAUGCCUGUGUUAUGACCAAGGCAAUCAGGAAACAGAGAGAUGAUGUUUUUCCUUCAAGGUUUACAAUUAUUCUGUAAUAUAUAUGUAAGUAUGAUUUAGCUUGAUCAAUAGAGCAACACUUAAAAGUUCUGAGCCA